UUUAUUGACAAAAGCUGCGUGCACAGAGAUCAGGCAGGGUUGUCCUUCAGGCUGAGCUAUCCGGACAGCCUUCACUCCAGCAUAUUCCUGGCAUACCGGGAGUAACGCUUACCUUACGUUGAAGGAAACUACACCGCUCUGGACCAUGGCGGCAAGGAUUUUGCCCGUAGUGAAGCUGGCCACCAAGGUGACCAUCGCAGGAGGAGCUCUGUACAUCGCCUACGACUCCGGCCUGUUGGGAAGCAGUGAGCAGGGCUCCGAAGCACUAAACCGGGCCAAGGCUGCAAUCCCCCCCGCUGUAGAAGAAUGGAUGAAGUACUUUGGCCUGGAGACUCCGCUUCCAACCAUGCCUAAGGUGGAAUUCUCCCCGGUCCAGGCGUGGAACUCUGGGGUGCGGCGGUCGAUUUCAUCUCUUUCCGAGGCUCCAACAAAAGCAACUCAAUACACAAAUCAGGGAUUGCAGUAUCUAAAAGACCUCACCAAGUGAACGGGAACUCUUCGGACAACAUCACGUCCAUCAAUCCUUUUUGAGUUUUGCACUUGAGAAAUGACGUUACUUCUUCAACAGUUGUUCCCUCCCAAGAAAGAAGAAACACCCCGACAUGAAAGAACCGAACUCGGCAGCACGGCCUGCGGGUGUUUAAAUGAUUUUUGGCAUUGUAUUGUACAUAAUGCAAGGAAGCUACAUCUAUUUUAAAAAAGAAAUUCUGUGUAUACCACCAUAUUUAAUUUUGCUCAGUUAUGUCUGAUAUGUAGUUCGCUCCCCUUUGUUCUCAAACCACCACCGUUAUGUUACGAAGAGACUCAGUCUGAUAUUUUCAGUUUCACCAUUUGUGACUAAAUAAUGCAUCCAUCUAAACCGCCUCCCGUCCUUACUUUGAUUUAAUUAAAGUGUGUAUAUAUGGGCAGCGUUUAAAGAACAAGGCCAAGUAAAUGUGCAAAACUCUUUAUUACUCAUGGGAGAACAACAACGACGACGACGCACAUUGUUGUUACAGCUUCAGAACAGGAAGUGUUUUUAAUGCGUAAAGACGACCGGUCAUUUCCCGCGCGGCACCACUAGCGGAGAUGUACAAUAAACCGACUGAGCAACUAUCCAGAGUUUGGAGGGAACGAGUGUGUUUGCAAGACAAAGAGACAGAAAUAAAGACCACAAGUCUCGUUCUUGGCUGUCAACAAACUGGUGUGUCCGUUGAUUUUACCGGGUAGUCAGUUUACAGUUUAUUUUGACCCUAUCACUAGAAGCUGGUGGUUCUGAUGAGAUAUUCAUAGAAAUGAGAGUAAUCACAACAGGCAACAUUACAAGGCAUUUUACACAAGUUGUACAUAUUAAAUACUGUCAUCUAAA